CCUACUUUGAGAGACUGGACAACCUCCCACUUAAGUCUUAACACAGACACAACACCACCACCACAACAAAAAAAAUACAAAUAAAGAGCAAACCAGUCCAGAGGAGAGGAGAGGAGGAGACAUCGUCCCUUAUCUGCAAGCUAAGCUAUCUUCUCCAAUGGAUCCCAACAGCCAAAUCCAUGAAAAUCCAGAAAUGAAAUCCUCUGAAGAACAAAACCCACUGGCCAUUGUACCCUCCAAAGACCAGACCACUUCAGCCCCAUUUGCCACUGCGUCACUAUCUUUUUCUCUCAAUACAAUCCUCCCCACACCGUUCUCUCUUCAACACAAAAUUUACUCAUUGUUUUCCCACCAACCAAGCAAGGUCAAGGUUCCUACCCAAGCCUCCUCCCUUUCCCACCUCUCUCUCACCGCCACCACCAACUCUCCCUCUCCUUCCAGACUCUCAUUCAAGUCCACAGUCUCGGCCAAUCCUCUCCAAAACCCUCUCUCUCUUGGUCCUCGCCGCCCCUUUGACCCUUCCAAUGGGGCUGGACUUCGACGAGCUGCCAUCGUUUGGUUCCGCAAUGAUCUUCGCGUCCACGACAACGAAUGCCUCAACACCGCGAACAACGAGUCCAUGUCGGUCUUACCCGUAUACUGCUUCGACCCGAGAGAUUACGGAAAAUCCUCUUCUGGGUUCGACAAGACCGGGCCGUAUCGCGCCACAUUUUUGAUCGAAUCGGUCUCUGACCUCAGGAAGAAUCUCCAGGCAAAAGGUUCGGAUCUGAUGGUGAGGAUUGGAAAGCCGGAGACAGUUUUGGUCGAGUUGGCCAAGGAGGUAGGUGCUGACGCGGUGUAUGCGCAUAGAGAGGUUUCGCAUGAUGAGGUUAAGGCGGAGGGGAGGAUUGAGGCUGCGAUGAAGGAGGAGAAUGUGGAGGUUAAGUACUUCUGGGGGAGUACUUUAUACCACCUUGACGAUUUGCCGUUUAAGCUGGAGGAUAUGCCAGCUAAUUACGGUGGUUUUAGAGAGAAAGUGCAGGGACUGGAGGUGAGAAAAACGAUUGAGGCAUUGGAUAAAGUAAAGGGGCUGCCGGCUCGGGGUGAUGUAGAGCCUGGGGAUAUUCCAUCAUUGGUGGAUUUGGGGCUUAACCCAUCUGCGACAAUGGCUCAGGAUGGAAAGCCGGCUGCCAAUGCUUCUAUGGUGGGAGGUGAGACUGAAGCACUUCAGAGGCUUAACAAAUUUGCUGUUGAAUGCCAAGCACAACCACACAAAGGGAAAAGUGAUGGCAGCAGCGACAGCAUAUAUGGUGCAAACUUCUCCUGCAAAAUUUCUCCAUGGCUAGCCAUGGGAUGCCUCUCUCCCCGCUCAAUGUUUGAUGAGCUGAAGAAAACAGCUACCAGAACUAUUUCUGCUUCCUCAAACCGGAAUGAUGGUGGCUCACCUGAUACUGGAAACAACUGGUUGAUGUUUGAGUUGUUGUGGAGGGAUUUCUUCAGAUUCAUUACCAAGAAAUACAGUUCAAAACAACUUGAAGCUGCUCCAGUCACAGCUUGUACGGGUGCCUUAGCUUAAACAAGAAAAUACAAAUGGAAAGGAAAAAUUGUUCUAGGAUGUUGGUUGCUUGCGCUUCUUUAUAAUUUUCCAAGAUGUAGCUUUUAAAUUUUUGGAGUAGCUAGGCUUGUCAUUGUAGUCCUUGUUGAACUUUUUUGGCUGCCAAAUAAAUGGUGAAAAUAUGGGAACUUUGCCUUCUAGAGUCGGCUUGUUUUGCUCUUUCUAAA